AUAAACCGCAGAAACUUGACACUGAUUGAAUGACAAACGGCAUUUCAAGCUUUUGUUUUCCUGCAAGGAUGAAUGCAGCCCUCUGGCUCUCAGUGAUCCUUCUCCUGGUGCCUCCAAUCACCUGUCAGUCAUAUGAAGACUAUUUCAACGACAUCGUGUACUGUACGUGUGAAAUCAGAUGCUGCCCCGAGUUCCUGUCGAAACUGAGCAAGAGAAGUGUUUCCCAAGCCUUCUUCGACAUGGCCCAUGUUCGACACAAACGGUGUUGUGGAUGCACGCGUUGCCAGGACUACCCAUGGAUGUCUGAUAGAAGAGGAAAAUCGAGACGGAAUUGAGUUCAUGCGACUGUCAACUUAAACCCCCCAAAAGAUGAAGAAAUAAAGUCUAGCUGAGAACCAUUUCGAUGUCAUUGUUGCCAUGGGAAACGUUUGGACAUCCCAGCAAGAGUUUUCACGAAACUGAGAUAAAAUCCCAACAUUGUUGGUAAAAUGUAUAAAUGUGGAAGGGAAUUAUGUUAAAAUAAAUAAUUUUAAUAUCUUCA